AUGGACACGAAAAAAAGACAGAGCCUACCAAGUCCUGAGGAAUCUUCAAAUUUUCUAAAACGGCUCUUUUUCGGAUGGGCGUAUCCAAUUUUCCUGAAGGGGGCGAAACGUGAUUUGCAAGUAACAGAUUUGUAUGACCCGUUGAAAUCUGAUGAAUCCGAGGGUCUCGGUAACCGUCUCGAAAGAGAAUGGCAGAAGGAGUUGGCGAAGGCGAAAGAUUCGCCGAUGGUGGGAGAGGGCAGCAAAAGGAAGCCGAAGAAGAAACCGAGCCUGACUUUGGCGCUGAUAAGGAUGUUCUGGAUCAAGUUCAUGCUGCAAGGACUGCUCUUCUUUGUGCAGCUAAUGGCGGUGCGAAUACUGCAGCCAGUGGUCCAGGGUUGGGUCAUCGGCUACUUUGACCAGGAAAAAAAUGCGUUGACGCAAAACGAGGCCCUCAUCUACGCCGCAGAACUGAUCCUCCUCACACUCGCGUCGAUAUUCCUGCUUCACCACUCAGGCCUGCGGACUCAGGAGAUGGGAAUGUGCGUGAGGAUCUCUUGUUGUUCGAUGAUAUACAGAAAGAUUCUUCGCCUCGAUUUGGCAUCGGUGAGCAACACAGCGGCGGGUCAAGUGGCGAAUUUGAUAAGCAACGACGUGGCCCGAUUUGAUAACCUUUUUAUGUAUCUUCAUUACGUUUGGAUAAUGCCGUUACAGGUGACUCUGAUAGGGUACGUGAUGUGGCAAUCUGUCGGUAUGGCUUCGUUGGUGGGAAUUGGGGCUAUGAUCCUGCAGACCAUACCCAUUCAGGGUUACUUCAGUAAUCUUAGCGCCAAGCUGCGAUCCAAAAUCGCAGUGAAGACGGACGAAAGAGUACAGCUGAUGAGUGAGCUGAUAUCUGGGGUUGAGGUAAUCAAGAUGUACUCGUGGGAGAAGCCGUUCGACAUUAUAGUGGCGAAGGUUCGAGGGCUGGAGAUAAAACUGAUCUCAAUUACGUCGUAUCUUAAAGGGAUAUUCGCGAGUAUUAUGGUCUUCUCGGAACGAGUCACGCUUUAUUUGACCUUAAUCACUUUCGCGCUGAUGGGUAACCCUUUGACCGCGGAAAUAACCUUUCCACUGGCAACUCUGUUCAACUUGCUCCAAAUGACGUGUGCAAUUGCAUUUCCGCAGGCAAUCAUUCAGGCUGGAGAGGCGAUAGUUUCUUUAAGAAGAAUAGCGGACUUUUUGCUGCUGGACGAAGUGCAAAGACCGGAGAGUUCUGAAUUUGUAGCAAACGAUCGGGACCAGCCAGUAGAGAAGCACACGACAAGCCAACUGCUCGAAAGUGGAAAGGAAACUGAAUUGGAGUCCUUGUUGUUGGAAAAAGAAAAAUCUGCAGCACAAAUCACAUCCGGAUCAACAAACGGAGUGAAGAAACCAGACAAACGACUUGAACAUGGAAUCAGCAUCGAAUUGGUGAACGUCGCUGCGAACUGGGUGAGCGCACAGCUGCCGCCAACUUUAUGCGAGCUUUCAAUGGAAGUGAAGAGCAAAUCUUUAACUGUGCUCGUGGGAUCCGUCGGCUCGGGAAAGUCGUCCGUACUGCACCUGUUGCUAGGCGAGUUGCCGGUCGGUGCUGGAAGACUAUCCUAUUUCACCGGUGAAAACAAUGACAAAACCAGAAUCAACAGUCAGGACAUUCGCAUCUCGUAUACCAGCCAAGAUCCUUGGCUGUUUCCAGCUUCUGUACGCGCCAAUAUUCUCUUCGGCCAACCCUACAACAGAAAGCGAUACCAAGAGGUGACGAGAGUUUGCGCGCUGGUCAAGGACUUCGAACAGCUUCCUCAGGGUGACAUGAGCUUCGUCGGAGAGAGAGGAGCUUCUUUAUCUGGAGGUCAGAGAGCUCGCGUCAAUCUAGCCAGAGCCGUUUACAGAGACGCCGAUCUCUACCUGCUAGACGAUCCUCUGAGUGCAGUUGACGCUCAUGUCGGUCGUCACUUGUUCGAAGAGUGCAUCCAAGGGUACCUGAAGGGCAAGACACGGAUCCUCGUCACUCAUCAGUUGCAAUUUCUCCGUCAAGCUGACAGUGUGAUAGUUCUCAACCGCGGCAGCGUGAUGCAUCAAGGGACUUAUGAAGAGCUGGAGCAAUCCGCUCACGCCAUUCUAGCCUCUCAAAAAUCGGAGGAAUCCGAAACGGUUGAAGAAGAAAAGGAGGAGGUUAGCCACGUGGAGAAACCGGACUUCAGGAAAAAACGGCUAACUUCGGUUAGCAGUGAAAGGCCAUCAGAGAGAUCGGUGAGCUUCGAAGAUUUGCAGGAUGUUGAAGAUGAGGAGGUCGCUACGGGAACUAUGUCUACUAAAGUUUACACCGGCUACUUUUUAUCCGGUGGUAACGUCUGCUCGUUGAUCCUUCUUACGUUGACUAUUAUCAGUGGUCAGUUAUCAGCAAAUCUGAGUGAUUUCUGGGUGACUUACUGGACCAAUCAAAAUACAAAAAGAGCUGCAAUAAAAGCUAAUGAAACCGCUUUCAAUAUUACGAGCAGCAAAAAUGAAACUUCGAACAAUUUUCAUCAAAUGUUCUGGGAUCCCGAUACCGCAUGGUUUGACCAGUAUGGACUGCUGCAUUCUAACGUUGCCAUUCAAAUUUAUACAAUCUUGAUCGCAGCUGCUAUUUUCUUCCUCUCGCUGCGCAGCUUGCUUUUCAUGAAGAUUUGUAUGACCGCCAGUCGCACUAUACACGACUCCAUGUUUUCAAACCUUUUGCGAGCUACCAUGAGAUUUUUUAACACCAAUCCAACUGGAAGGAUUCUGAACCGAUUUUCGAAGGAUGUGGGUGCAAUGGAUGAACUGCUACCGAGGGCGAUGCUUGAAGCACUUCAGGUUUUCACAGUAAUGUUAGGAAUUCUUGCUAUGAUCGGCAUUGUCAAUCCAUGGACGAUAAUCCCGAUGUUGUUUGUGGCUGUGCUUUUCUAUUGGAUUAGAGUCUAUUACUUAAAGACAGCCCAGGAUAUCAAGCGACUUGAAGGAAUUACCAAAAGUCCUGUAUUCUCCCAUGUGAGCUCUACUCUCGAUGGAUUGACGACGAUACGAAGCAGUGGUGUCCUUGUGCAAAAUAUGCUGAGGCAAGAGUUUGACCAUCACCAAGAUGCGCACACUGGUGCCUGGUAUCUUACCAUUGGGACGGCAACUGCCUUUGGGUUCACACUUGAUCUCGUGUCGUGUCUUUUUACCGCUUUUGUUUGCUUCUCGUUCAUUCUUAUAAAUGAUUUCCCCGGUGGAUCUGUCGGUCUGGCCAUUUCACAGUGCUUGAUAUUGACUGGAAUGGUUCAAUAUGGAGUGAGACUUAGUGCUGAGGUUGUUUCACAGAUGACCUCAGUAGAGAGAGUUCUUCAGUAUACUAACCUACCCAAGGAGGGACCUUUCACAACUAGCAAUCCUCCUCCCGAUACUUGGCCUUCUCAAGGUGCUUUAGUCAUGAAAAAUGUUUCUAUGAAAUAUGCCGAUGACAAACCGCCAGUGCUCAAGGACUUAAACCUGAAGAUAAACCCUGGAUGGAAGGUUGGCAUAGUAGGAAGGACUGGUGCAGGAAAAUCCUCUCUGAUCUCAGCGCUCUUUCGUUUAACUGGAGAUGGAUUAGAAGGUGAAAUUGUUCUGGACGGCAUAGACACAAAGUCGAUAGGGUUACAAGAGCUGCGACCCCGAAUCUCGAUCAUUCCUCAGGAGCCAAUAUUAUUCUCGGCCAGUCUCCGCUACAACUUGGACCCCUUCGACCAGUACUCAGACGCUAAGCUGUGGGAUAGUUUACGAGAAGUAGAACUUGGAGACUCGAUGCCUUCUCUUGACUUCAGAGUCGCUGAAGGUGGAGCAAAUUUCAGCGUUGGACAACGCCAAUUGAUCUGUUUGGCCAGAGCCAUCCUGAGGAACAACCGAUUGCUCGUCCUUGAUGAAGCCACCGCCAAUAUUGAUCGAAGCACCGAUGAUUUGAUUCAAAACACCAUAAGAAGGAGAUUCGCUGAUUGCACGGUGCUGACGAUAGCUCAUCGUUUGAACACGAUAAUGGACAGUGACCGAGUUUUGGUCAUGGAAGCAGGCCGUGUCAUGGAGUUCGACCAUCCGCAUUUGCUGUUGAGAAAUCCAAAUGGUCACUUUUCGCAAAUGCUUCAACAAACAGGGAAAGCAAUGGCAGAUAAACUUGCUCUGAUUGCUGAACGUACCUAUCAACAAAGCGGUGAAGUCAAGGCGAUAUCUAACGACGGUGUCACAAGUGCAAGCGAAUAAGUGCUAUUUUUUAUUUGACAUUAACACACAAGAAAUCCUCUCACAAUUUUCGUGUGAAGUCUUAUCUCUUCCGUUAAUCUGGAUUUUUCCUCACAAUUACGAUGGAUCAAAGGCAGAGUUAAAGUGCUAUUCAGAACAUAAAUGUGUUUGCACAAGGAUUGUAACAUGCGCGGAGGUCUCACACUCCGAUUCGAGUUAUGCCUGAUGAGAAGUGAUAAUUUUGCGCCAAAUUCGUCAACCAUUCGACAAAUUGCUGUCAAAUCCAUAAGACAAUAUCUGUUUUAGGAUAAGAAGCCAUCCAUAUAUGAAUACAAAUUAAAUUGCUAAAUUUUAA